UCUGAUCUAAGGCUGAAAUUAAAAACAGCACAUCCCUCUAAAAACUCCCAACGACGAAGACAUUCAAAUGAGAACUAUGAUACGAUGUAUUCAGAUUCGUAUGAAAAGAUAUCACGUUAUGAUAGGCAUAAAUAUCAAGACUACCACUUAGACGAAUUAAAGAAAAUUCACUCUGGCAUUCAACAGCGACGUUUAUUCACCAGUGCAGAAUGUGCUGAGGUCGAAAAGAAAAUCGACGAUGUUGUGGCUAAGGCCAAUAGAAACGAAUACAAGGAUAACACAGUGGACAGAGCUCCAUUGCGGAAUAAAUAUUUUUUUGGUGAAGGUUAUACAUAUGGUAGUCAAAUGGAGAGGAAAGGUCCAGGAAUGGAAAGAUUAUAUGCUAAGGGAGAGGUGGAUGAUGUACCAAAGUGGAUUGAAAAAUUGGUUAUUAAACCAUUAUAUGAUGCGAAUAUAAUACCUAAAGACUUUAUAAAUAGUGCUGUCAUCAAUGACUAUUUACCUGGUGGUUGUAUUGUCUCCCACAUUGACCCUCCACAUAUUUUUGAUCGACCAAUUGUAUCUGUGUCUUUCUUCAGCGACAGUGCUUUAAGUUUUGGAUGUAAAUUUUCAUUUAGACCUAUCAGGGUUUCAAAACCAGUAUUGAAUUUGCCAAUUGCAAGAGGGUGUGUUACUCUCCUUAGUGGAUAUGCAGCUGAUGAUAUCACUCAUUGUAUAAGACCACAGGAUGUAGUUAGUAGAAGGGCAGUCAUUAUCUUGAGAAGG